UUUAGUUUGAAAGCAGCAUGGCAGACUGUACGAAGGGUGGUGUAACGUUAAGCGAUUUUUCGAAUUUUUCGUUCGUUUCAAAGUGAAAUUUCGUCGUGGUACCAUAUCGGGAAAAUCCGCGAAGCCCCCUUCGACCCGGUCCAGCGAUGUCCACCGCUGUCUUCACUCACUUCCGCAUUAUUUCAGAUUCCGUUGUUACGUUUCCGUCGAGGAGAUGCUUUACGUCGAUCCCUUAACUAAGAUAAUAAUGAAAUCCGUCGUCCAAGAUGUCUUCAAAGGAAUUUUAGAAAAAGUUAUUCGUAGUAGAAGUGGAAGUAGUAGCAUACCGGAAGCGAUAAAUAAAAGGAGCGAUCGCAGGAGGUACCUAGCGAAACGAAAGUAAACUCCAGCGAUACAACAAACACGCACAAAGCAGGGCAUACAGUUAGAGCGAGCCCGAAAAGAAAGAAAGAAAGAGAACGAUAGAAAAAAUAGUAGAGUUUUAUUCCUGUUGACUGUUGUCUUGUUCAUAUAAGUAUAUAUUGGUCCGUUCGCGUUGUAUCAGAUGUUUAAGUCUUCGCCUCGAAAUCCGCGGUAGAAUAAAGAGUAAAAAUAUAUAAAAGAAGAAUUGGUAUUUGGUUUGUUUGUUUGAGAGAGAAAGCGAAGAGAUAAAGGCAGAGGGGCGAUCGCGUCGCCGUCGCGAUGUCGGACGGCCUUCUCAGUACUUCUACUACUCUAGCGGCUAUAAUACGGGGUCAAUGCCCAUGCAUUUACUCUUCGGAUAGCACAAACACCACGGCAGUACUCUUCUAAGAGGCCGGACCGUCGCCACAGAGAGCAGCGAGAAGAUCGCUAUUAAAAGGAGGACCCGAAAACGUGGUUGUGAAUUUUAUUUAUGUUACCAAAAGAUUUAUCCCACCACUCCAAACCGAGAACAAACUGUCGACGUUCGUACCGUUUAAAUUGCUAUUUGUUUAAGAAAUUAAGAGUAUUUAGUGCCUUCUUUAAAAAUAAUAACGCGCAAAAUAAACGGGUCGUUGCUAUGGAAGUGACUUAAGUUGUACCCGAUGAGGAGAAGGCGGUGCAAGUGCUGCAGACAUGGCCGAAGAUAGGGAAUCCCCCAGGAGACUGAGCCAAGUCUUCGAUCCCUUGUCACGACUCGGCGAGUUGACGAGGGAAACCCGGUCAACUCCUGCCAGUCCCAGGCUUCUACCGAGAAGACCUCGCGAACCCGUUAGUGUUGGUGUUGUGGUGUCUCAGCAGUAUGACGGGUUGGAACAUCCUAGUUCCAGCACCGGAGACCAUCAUCCCUCGGGAUCCAUCAACGGGAUCAAUUGGCAGGAACGGUGCUUCGAACUCCAGCUGGAGUUGCAAAGGAGCAGAGCCCAGGCUACGAGGACAAGAGAUAUGCUACGAGAAAAGCUCUCCGAAUUGGAGCAGCGUGUCCUUGAAGCUGAAGGACGAGCGGAGGAAGCUGAAGACAAGGUACGAAUAAUGGAACAAAAAUUAGCAUGGUCGCAACAAAGUGAUCCGAACAACGAGCAAAUAUCGCGUUUAGAGGGUGAGGUUGAAGAACAACGACAGCUGCGCCUUCAGGACGCGAGACAGGUUGAGGCGAAGGCCGCCCGCAUUAAAGAAUGGGUCACGAAUAAACUCAGGGAGCUUGAGCAGCAAAACCAAACGCUGCGCGAGCAGAACAUCAAGUGCAACCAACAGUUAGAAUUACUUAAGAAUCACUUGGCUCUAGUUGAUAGGCGGCGAUCUGAAAGCUGCUCACCAGAACCAAGAGGACAACUUGCACUUAAUAGUGCUUCUAGGUCAAAUAAACACAGAAGACACCAAUCCGUAUGCGUUUCAGCCAGCUUUGAACCCGUCCCAAAUUCCGCCUACAUUCCCAGCGCUUUAGUUUCAAGCGUUCCAAGUAACUCCAAUAUGGAUCCAUUAUCAGACGAUUUAAGAGUGGCCGUCGACAAUUUGAGCAUAGGUCGAGUGCCGAGUAGCGCGUCCGAUUCAGACUUAGCGCACGAUUACGCGGAAAUUUACACACCCAGCAGAGAGAAAGUGCCGUGGCCCAGAGCGCCUACGCCACCACUUCAUAGAUUCCCUAGUUGGGAAGAUAGAAUUUAUCAGGUGGCCGCCGACGGGUUAACACUUACCGGAACUACGCCGAGCGAUAUCGGACCGGAACAAGCUGGAUAUCAAGAUAUUCCGGUUCCUGUUUAUGCUACCGUUAAAGGGCGAGCUAGUCAAAUUAGAUCUAUGCCAUUUACCGGAGAUUCGAGUGAUGAUUCUAGUGAUGGCGAAGGAAAUAAUACAGCAGCUAUUGAUGGAACAAAUACUCAUAGUAGAAGUUCUGGAGAUACUUCCGGUUCAAGCCCUGGAAAAAGAACUGGUUCAACAAGCAGCGGAUCACCAAGUAAAAGCAAAACGAGAGGUGUUUCAGAUACUUCUUUCGAAUCUGGUAUGUCUGAUGAUUACGCAGUACCGCCGGAUGCUUUGAGUUGCGACACUUCAAGUUUGGAGUCUUCGUUGAUGUUAAGAGGUUCCUAUUUAGAUAGCCCGAAAAGAGCCGAAAGUUUAGAAAAAAGUGGUUCCUUAGCUAAAUUGGGCGGAAAGUUAAAAACGUGGCGUAAAAGAUGGUUCGUUUUAAAGAAUGGGGUUUUAACGUACUAUAAAAGCCAAAGUGAUAUAAAUCGAAAACCUCAAGGGCAAAUUGUCUUAGAUGAAAUUUGUAAAAUUACGAGAGCUGAAGGUUCGAAUACUUUUGAAAUUGAUACUGGGAAAAAGACUUAUUAUUUAACGGCGGAUUCAAUAACUGCUAUGGAAGAUUGGGUGAGGAUUCUGCAAAAUGUUCAAAGAAGAAACGCUACAAAAUUAUUGUUGAGUAAGGAAGAAAAUAAACCUUCAGUUCAGGGUUGGUUAACUAAAGUUAAAAAUGGUCAUGCGAAGAAAUGUUGGUGUGUAUUAAUUGGGAAAAUGUUUUUGUAUUUUAAAUCACCAACGGAUAAUACCCCCGCGGGACAAAUUAACAUGCGAGAUGCACGAGUUGAAGAAGUUGAACAUCUUUCAGAUUCAGAUUCCGAAGAAAAAGAUACCGAACAACCCGACUUAACGGUUGGAAUUUUUCCUACAAAUCAAGGACCGACGUAUCUUCUUUGCCCGGGGAAACAAGAAAAAGAUUCUUGGUUAUAUCACCUAACAGUAGCCAGUGGAGGAGGGCCAAGUACAGGAACACAAUAUGAACAAUUAAUUCAUCGAUUAAUGGAAGUUGAUGGUGAACCUGGAUGUGUUCUUUGGCGACAUCCAGUUCUUUUACACGUUGCUUGUACAAAAGAUGGAAUUCCUUCAUAUUUUCCAUUAACAACUUUAACUACGGAAACUUUACAGGCUGAAGCAAUAAAAUUAUUUAAAUGCCUCCAACUUUUUAUGUCAGCAGCUGUUGAUCAAGCGGGUAUUGAUUACCACGUAGUUUUAGCUCAAAACGCUUUACAACAAUGUCUUGAUAUGCCAGAACUUCAAGCCGAAUUAAUUUGCGCUUUGAUUAAACAGACAAGCAAAAGUACGCCUCUUCCAAAACUCGGAGUUCAGGUAUCUACACAAAAGUUUCUUAAGAAAAGUCAACUCCUACUUUGCGCUACGCAGAGUUUAUUUACUUGUGAGACAACGCCGACGAGCGUUAAUAGUUCUUCCGAUCAACAAAUAGCCUCCUCUAAUGCGCAGGCAUCGCAAGAUGAAAAAUACAAGGAGCACAAAGAAUAUAAAGAGCACAAGGAUCAUAAAGGACCACCCAGUUAUACACUCGUUCAAGGUUGGCAAUUAUUAGCGCUUGCUGUUAGCCUUUUCGUUCCUAAAUCAUCAAGAUUACUUUGGUUCUUAAAAUUGCAUUUGCAAAGAAAUGCCGAUAAUAAAACUGAGUGUGGAAAAUAUGCUUCGUAUUGUGAAAGAGCUUUAGAAAGAACUAUUCUUAAAGGUGGUCGAGAAUUAAAACCAUCAAGAAUGGAAGUUUUAAGUAUUUUACUAAAAAAUCCUCAACACCAUUCAUUACCUCAUUCAAUGCCUGUACAUUUAUUAAAUGGAACUUAUCACAUAACGAGUUUUGAUGGUUCCACAACAAUUAAAGAGUUUCAAGAUACUUUAGCCCAUGAAAUAAGUUGUCGCACCACGAAUGGUUUUGCGAUAUUCAGUGACGAUCCCAUUGAAAAAGAUUUAGAACACACUUUAGAUCCAAACGCAAAGCUUUGCGAUUUAAUUUCAAAAUGGGAAAUCGCUCUUCGCGAAAAAGGACUUGGAAAGUUUGAAAAUUCCAAAGUGAUUCGACUAACAUACAAAAAUCGUUUGUGGUGGAAAAAUAGCGCUAAAUUAGAAACCGACAAAGAACGACUUUUACUUUGUUAUCAAGUCAAUCGACAAAUAGUAGCCGGACGAUUUCCACUUAAUCGAGAUUUAGCGCUUGAAUUAGCUUCGUUAAUGGCCCAACUUGACAUGGGGGAUUGUUCAUUAAAUAAAGGUUCAAGCCUUAAUAACACGAUGAAUUCUCACCUCAAACAAAGUGUUAGCACAACACAUCAAAGUCCUAAAAGCGCCACAAUUAAUGGUCAACAACCCGGUACUUUAAGCCCGCAGGGAACAGUACAAACUUCGAAUACAUUAAACGCUCUAAAUAAUGUUCAUAACAUUUUAACGGCGCAUUCUAAUCAAGCGUUAAAUGCGAUCGAUAAAUUUUAUCCGUAUCGGUAUAGAGACCAAUUAACCCAAGAAGGUUUAGCAGAACUUCAAGCGAAAUUAUUGGAGAAAUGGAGAGGGUUAAAAGGAAGAACUCAAUUAGAUUGUGUUAGAAUUUAUUUAACUUGUACAAGGAAAUGGCCAUUUUUUGGUGCUACAUUAUUUCAAGCUAAAUUACGUCAACAUGAUUCACCAAUGAUUUGGUUAGCAAUAAACGAAGAUUCCAUAACAAUUCUAGAUUUAGCAACGAUGCAACAAUGCGUAAGAUAUCCCUACACUAACGUUUUAACAUUCGGUGGUUGCCAAGAAGAUUUUAUGUUGGUUGUGACCCAAAACGAACAACAGCAUUCUCAAAAAUUAAUUUUUGCUUUAAGUAAACCGAAAAUUCUCGAAUUAACCCUACUAAUUGCGGACUACAUGAAUUUAUUGAUUACGAAUCCCGGAACUCCGCUGUUGGGUACUUUAAGUCGGGGAACGAUGGUUUCCGUGAAUCAAUCCGUCGUUAAUCAAUCCAUUAUUAGUCAAACAAUGGCUAAUCAAAGUCAACCGGAUAUUUUAAAAUCGACGCCGGAUCAUGGAGGAGUUCAAAGAUCGGAUUCGAAACGUCGCACUCAUGUUGAUUCGGGACUAGCGUGAUAUUGCCUAAAAAAUUUAAUUGGAGGUCGUGAAAGAAUCGUGGUUUAUUAAAAAAAAAAUAUUUAAAGAGGUAAGAAAGAAAAAGAAAAAUUAAAAAUUAUACAUAAAAUUAGACGUCCCCCAUAAACAAAAAAAGAAAGAAAAAUAAUUAAUAAUGUAUAUAGAUAUGAAGAGAAACAGAUCAUUUUUGUGUAUAUAAAAAUACAUGUCAUACAGUAUGUUUCAUUAGUAUUGACGCAUGCGUAAUGUCUUUCUGCAUAACAAUUACUCAUUUGUGUUAAUGAAUAGAUUAAAAAGAAAAAAGUAAAAAGGUUUUAAAAAGGACGUAAUAAAUAUUUCAUAAAAUUUUUCAUUGUUACUUUAACUAAAUGAAUUAAUCUGCAUAGUUUACAGAGUUAAUAUAAAAUUUUUGCUAAUUAGUUAGAGUUUCACUGAAAAAUUACACAGAUUUACAAAUACAAUAAAUAUUUGGAUAUGAGGAAACAAUAUAUUAUUAUUAUAGUAGAUUUCCAAUAAUCCGGUGUUAUGUUAGGGAUUUUACCACGACUAUAAAACGAUAAAACAUAGAGCAGUUACAUUACCAAGAUGCCUAAUAUACAGUGUGCGGCAAAAUUAUGGAACAUUAUUUUGCAAAAACGGCGAAACAAGUCUGUAUUUGUUUUUUAAAAUACAUAUUUUGAGCCCAUAUUCACGAAGUGAAUCCCUCUGUUCUGAGUCAACAAAAGAAUACUCUUUUAAAUUCGGUAAUAAAAAGAAAUUGAUGACUACGCCAUAACCAAAAAAUAAAUGACUAUCGGGAAGUGAAUAUCGGUCCAAAAUGUGUGUUUUGAAAAACCAAAAUAGACUUAUUUCGCCGUUUUUGCAAAAUAAUGUUUAUAAGCGUUGUAUUGAAUUUAUUCCAUAAUUUUGCCGCACCAAGAAUUUUCAAACUCGAACAAUGGUCAAAAUCUAAAGUACUUUACAUUUUAGAAUGUCGCAUAGUACAUUAAUUAACAACAAAAGUUAAAAAAGGUUCUUUUGCUUCGUUGAUUCGUUGCGUUUUUAUAAAAGUUAUUGUUCAAAAUAUAUAAAUCAAUAAGCUCUGAGUAAUUGCAACUACAGCUUAUUUCAGCAAAUGCUAUAAACUUCUUAAGCCUCUUUCCAGCUGAUUCGCUCUAUCUCUUCUACAACAUCAUCCGAAUCUUGCUUUUCAACAUUCAUUGGUUGAACAUCAAGAACACUUUGUAAAAUAGUUUUAUCCCUUAGUUCUUCCUCUUUUGAUUCUUUUCAAUCUCUACCCAUUCUGCAACUUCCUCUUUAGACAUAUUUUCUGACGGAUUGUCUUUAGAUUUAGGUGCACCCCUGAUUACACCUAACACUUUAUUUAUUGUGCUUAAGGUUACUUCUUCACUAAUUUUAGGUGUUCCACCAGUUUCAACGAAUGCAUUUCAACCAUAGCUUCCUCCAACAGCGUUGUGCAUGCAUCCUUGCCAUUAUAUUUCUAUUGAAAAUCAGUUACAUCACAUUCAGAGUUUAAGUGCUGAAGAAAGGAGCUUCUAUAAAAACAUUUAAAUUUUGAACAACUUCUUGAUCCAUAGCUUGAAUCAAUGAGGUAACAUUUAGAGGCUAAAAUGUUGCAAAUAUGUUGCCAGAAAUCAACUCUGUUAUUGGUGAUGAGCUUUGAAGUUAUCCAAAAAAGGAGGACUUUGUUAUCUUCUGGCAGUUUAAGUUUUGUAAGGUUAUCCUUGACCUGUGAUACAAAGUGGUGUAAAAACCAGCCUUUAAGUAAUGUGGCAUCCUAAGUCAUUAAAACAUUUUGUUGAGUGUCGUAAUGAACAGGCAAAGUUUUAAUAUGUUUGAAAGCGUUUUUUAGAUUUGCCAAUUAUAAAAGGUGGUAGUCAAUGGUUUCCACCUUCAGCUAAAGUUGAUGUCUAUAAACAACGCCAAAGUAAGCCUCUUUUAUUGGCAUUAUACACUUAAUCAGCUGUCAGUUUGUUGUCUUUGUUAAUUUUGUCAAAUAUUUCCUUGUAGUAGUUUGCAGACUCUUCAUUUGCUGAUUUUGUCUCUCCCAUGACAUCAAGUCUUCGAAUUCCAUGUCUAAACAACGUUUUCAGGUCCAUAUUUGUAAACAAAAUGCAUGACAUUUUUAAUGUCAUAAAUCCCCAAUAUUAAAUUCAUUCAUCAAAACAUUUCUAUUUUCACCCUUUUGAUGAUUUCCAACUUCUGAGUUAUUAAUGCUGAAUGUGUCGUGUUUUCUUUUCUGUCCAAAGUUUUUAACAAUUGGCAUUUUAGAAAACAUGAUCUUAAAGAAGAUGCCAUAUUAUUAGGCGUUCCAGACUAUUGGAUGCUGGAUUAAUGGAAAUUUACCAUAUAAAAAGACUAUUUUGUAUUCUCAUAUCCAAACUCCUAUAAUCUUGUGUUAUUAAUGAAAUUUAAGUCCUAAUUACUUAAACAUUAAGAAUUUAAGAACUGUGCUGAAAUGUGAUUUAAAUUUUUUUCUUUAGUCUCUAUUUGUAUUAUGUUCAUAUGACAAUACUCUCAAGGAAUUUUUGUAUAUACACAUACACAGAAGUAAUAAAUGUAUUUUUUAUUUUUAAAUAAGUUCUUAUGUGUAAAUACAACGGAAUUUGAUGUCGAAACGAUAAUGACGAGACGUAUUUUAUAAUAAUUGAUGAAAAACUAGUCUAACUUGUAUUUUUAAUUUUUUUCAAUAAGUUACCAUGAUGAUAUUAAUUUUUGCUGUAAAAAUAAGUACCGUAGCAGCACUGAAAGUGAUGAUUAUAUGAUUAUAAAGUAAAAAAAAACGUCGAAUGAAAAGAAGAUGAUAAAAGUGUGCGUUUUCUUGGUUUUUUUUCGGAUUUUAUUGUUGAAUUAACCCAAAUGAGAUUUGUUUCUAAUCGAAUACAUUUGAUAUAUAUUAAUAGUAGAAAUAUUUAUUACUGUAUUUACAAAAAUCUAUUAAAGCAUUUUUUAUCAAAUUCAGA